AUGUCUACAGAUAGUCCAUACAAAGAUGAAAUUGUGUCCUGCUUGUUGAAUUUGAAAGAAACACAACAGCCCAUAACUUGGGAGAAUUUCCUCAAGCCCAUGCAAAAUACUACAGUUGAUACAUAUAAAGAUAGGGACAUGGCUGAUUUUAAAGGUGACUGGAAGGCUUGUUUUAUGAGCGUUGUAAAAAUGUUAGAUAUGGAUGUUAAACAAAGCAGAGAUAGCUGGUUUCUCGUAGAAGAGGGUAUUCAAACAUCAACAAAAACAAGCAGUGAUAAUCCAACUGGUGCUCUUGAGGAGACUCAAAGCGUUUUGACAGGAAUUAGUGCUUCAAAGUCAAAAUCGAGCUCAAGACAGUCAAGCACAGACAAAAAUUACAUAUUGACAGCUAAAGAGAAGAAGUGCAGAAUGAUGUAUGAAUUAUUGAACGUUUCAAGAAUGUGA